AUGCAUAUAUCGCCAUUUUCAUGCUUCUUUUUUUUUAUUAUAAAUCGUUUAUUUGCUGCACUUUGUUCAUGGUUAAUAACAUGUUUUACAGUAAUAAGAUUUAUAAAUAUAUUUCAACGAUUAAAUACAAUACGAUCAAAUAUUAUUUUAGUUAUAUGUUUAACAAUUAUAUUUUCAAUAGCAAAUAGUUAUUUAAUCGUUACAUUAGAUUAUCAUCGAGGAGAAGAAUUAUUAACAUAUGAUAAUUUUUCUAUUGAUACUAAUGAUUAUUCUCAUAAUUCAACACGUUGCUUUAUACGUCCUGAAUAUCACGAUGAUCCAUUAACAUUAUUCUUAAAUAUAAUUGUUGCAGGUUUUCUUAAUCUUGUUUUACCAUCUAUGUUAACAUUUAUUGUUAAUAUAGCGAUUGUAUGUUAUAUAAAACGUGUCUAUGAAACACAAAUUUGUGAGUAUACUGGCCGACGUUCAGAUAAUUCAGGAGCAAGCUAUCGUUCAACACGCUCAACAUUACUUUUCAUAUCAAUAACAUAUACAUUAUGUUAUUUACCGUAUUGUAUUAUUCAACUUCUUUUGAUACCAUUUGGUGAUAUAGUUAGUACUUUAUAUGAAUGGACUGAAAUAGCAUUUAUUUUACGUUAUAUUAGUCAUUCAAUUAAUUUUUAUGCGUAUAUAUUUACAAGUCAACGUUUUCGUCGUGAUAUUAUAUUAUUAUUUCGUAAUCUAUAUCGACCAUGUUUAUAUAUGAAAGAACGAAAUCGAAGAAGAAAGAAAACUAUUCGUGAACGUAUUGCACUUCAUCAUUAUCAAUUCGCAUCUGUACCUUCACCAGAUACUGUGGAAACAAAACUACCUAGUAAUCCAAGACGAUUAACACUUCUACGACUUCCAAAUCAAAAUCUUUAA